AUGUCAACUUUCAACCUCACCACCGCUGGCUCUUCAACGUUCAUUCUGACGGGCAUCCCUGGCCUCGAAGCUGCCCAUGCCUGGAUUGCCAUUCCUUUUGCUACAGUCUACAUUACCAGCCUACUGGGAAAUUUCACGGUUCUCUUUGUUAUCGCAAAAGAGCAGACGUUACACAAGCCGAUGUACCUGCUGCUCUGCAUGCUGGCGCUCACAGAUAUCGGCAUGCCUACCUCUGUGGUGCCAAAGGCCCUGUGCAUAUUUUGGUUUAAUUUGAGAGACAUUACUAUUGGUGGCUGCCUCAUGCAAGCAUUCUCCCUUCAUGUACUUGCUAUUAUUCACUCAGGUGUGCUCAUGACGAUGGCCAUCGAUCGCUACGUUGCCAUAUGCAACCCUCUGAGAUACACCACCACCCUCACCAAUGCACGAAUAGCAAAGCUAGGGCUAGCGGGUUUGACAAGAGGCUUUCUCGUCUUUCUGCCUCUACUCCUGCUCCUGAGCAGGCUGCCGUUCUGUGACAACCACAUUAUUCCCCACACUUACUGUGAGCACAUAGCUAUAGCAAAGCUCUCCUGUGGGGACACCACAGGCUACAAGAUGUACAGCUUGAUUAUAGCUUUUGUGGUCAUGGGGUUUGACCUGACGCUUAUCGUCCUGUCCUAUGGUCUGAUUAUUAGGGCCAUCCUCAGAAUCUCAUCCAAGGAGUCUCACCAGAAAGCCCUCAGCACCUGCACAGCCCACAU